GAGCUAGGAACUAUCGACUGGGUGGCACCACCUAUGCUGCAACGCUCGUCAUAAACCCAGAACCUUGCAGAUUUUGAGAAACGCGUCUUACUUCGCAUCAGGAGAGCUUGUAACUUAACUGUGAUACUGUAAUCAAAUACCUAGGAAGAGCAUAUGUUUUGCAAGUUAAAAAAAGGUUUGCUGCCCAGUGAGCUUUUGUUGACCACGAUCUGUAUUCAAGCAGGACUGAAAGAGCUAGGAACCAAGAUUCUCUCGCAAUAUGCUUCCACUAGAGAGUUGGGAUUUAGGAAUUUAACCUUUUUUGUGCGCAAGGGUAGCAAUUUGGCAAUGGAGGAGCCAAUGUCGAAUGUGAUUUUCGAUUUGGACGGGACAUUGUUAGACACAGAGAGAAUUGUGGACGAAGUGUGUGAGGAGUUUUUGGUAGCUAAAUACGGCAAACAGUGGGAUGGGAGGAACCCGGAGAAGCGGCUUGGCAAGAAGCCUCUUCAAGCUGCAGCCGCGAUUGUGGAGGAUUACGAGCUUCCUUGCACUCCGGAGCAGUUUUUGGCUGAAACCGUGGAUCUAGUACGUGGAAGGUUCCGAAACGCUAAAGCGCUCCCAGGUGCUAAUCGUCUUCUCAAACAUUUAGUUGCGCACAAGAUACCAAUUGCGAUCGGCUCGAACAGUUAUCGGAGUUUUAUUGCAGAAAAACUCGCUCCACAUUCAGGCUGGGCUGAAACUUUUCCGGUGAUUGUGGCUGGGGAUGAGGUCCAAGAACCCAAGCCUUCUCCACAAAUAUUCUUGGAGGCCGCUAAACAACUCGAUGCCACUCCAAGCCGCUGCCUUGUCAUCGAAGACUCUCCAACUGGUAUCACAGCAGGCAAAGCAGCAGGAAUGAAAGUAGUGGCUGUUCCGUCUCUGCCAUCCAAGGCCUCACGUCAUUUGUACGCAUCUGCUGACCACAUUAUUUCGUCCUUGCUGGAUUUCAAACCAGAGCUAUGGGGACUUCCUCCAUUUCAAGACUGGAUAGCAAAUGCGCUGCCAAUAGAGCCCUGGUACAUCUCUGGACCCGUGAUCAGAGGCUUUGGUCGAGGCUCCAAAGUCCUCGGAAUUCCCACUGCGAAUCUCCCGACUGGAGCAUUCUCCAAGCAACUAGCAGAGCAAGUUUGCGGGAUUUAUCUAGGCUGGGCGAGGCUUUCGGACAAGGGAGUGUUUAAGAUGGUGAUGAGCGUCGGCUGGAAUCCAUAUUUCGACAAUGCAGAAAAAACAGUGGAACCCUGGUUAUUGCACGAAUUUCCGGAAGAUUUCUAUGGAGAGGAGCUCCGGCUCAUUGUUGUUGGCUACAUUCGUCCCGAGGCCAAUUUCUCGUCGCUAGAGGAUCUGAUUAACAAGAUCCACGAAGAUGGACGUAUUGCCAAGGCGGCUCUUGACGUGCCACCUUAUUCGGCUUUUAAGGAGGACAAAUUCUUGCAACAGUAAGUGUUAGUGUUCACGAUCAUCGAAUCAAAAUGGAAAUAACAGUUCCUUUGGCGAACUUGGGCCAAAGGAAGAAGAAACCAAACACUCUUGGCAUUUU